ACCAUUCUCUGACACUGAAGAUGAAACUGAUACACUGGCUGUAGUCACUACAGAAGACAAAGUAGAGAACACACCAGUAAUCUCAGUGAACGCCUUAAAUGUUUCCUCUACAUUUAACUGUAUGAGGGUGAUCGGUCAGUGCGGGAAGCGCAAACUAUACAUCCUCAUCGACAACGGAAGCACCCACAACUUCAUUGAUCUGAACGUUGCCAAUGAGAUAGGCUGUCUGCUGGAGACAAUCACACCAAUGGCCGUUACAGCCGCUAGCGGUAGCACAAUGAUGACACGAUACAAGUGCACCGACUUCAAAUGGAGAAUGCAGGGUUACAACUACUCUUCGGAGGUCCGUACCCUUCCACUAGACUGCUGCGACCUUGUCCUUGGAGUUCAAUGGCUUUCAACUCUUGGAUCCAUACUUUAGGACUUCCUUAACCCUCGAAUGGAAUUCGGCAUGAAGAACGUGCUACGAGGAGUCACCAAGAACGGUUGCAAGGUGAUCAAAGGGAGUAGCCUCAACAAACUGAUGUUGCACGAACCUCAAACUGCUCUGCUCCAGGUCGUUGAGUUAUCAGCUAACACAAAUCACCAUCUCCUACCUGAAGCUCCGCUGUCACAUAUCUCCACUAGUGGUACUGAUAUGACAGAUGAUCAAGACCUGCAACACCUCUUAGGUGACUUUGCUGUCUUAUUUGAUGAGCCCACAGAGCUGCCACCUUUCCGAGAUGGGUUCGACCACCGCAUCCCUCUGGAAUCAGGAGCUAACCCAGUCAACCUCCGCCCCUACCGUUACUCAUCUCUACAGAAGGACGUCAUUGACACUAUGGUUCGGAAGAUGCUUGACGAAGGGAUAAUCCAAGCAAGCUCCAGCCCCUAUGCAUCUCCCGUCGUUUUAGUCAAGAAAAAAGACGGCUCUUGGAGGCUCUGUGUUGAUUUUCGUGGCUUGAACAAACAGACCAUCAAAGAUAAAUAACCUAUUCCCUUGCUGGAAGACUUGCUUGACGAGCUAGGGGGAGCAAAAUACUUCUCUAAACUCGACCUGAGGUCUGACUUUCACCAACUACGGAUGUCACCUGAUGAUGUCUACAAAACUGCGUUCAAGACCCACUCAGGUCACUACGAGUACCUCGUGAUGCCCUUUGGCCUCACCAACGCCCCAUGCACCUUCCAAAGCCUCAUGAACAAAGUGUUUGAAGGAGUCUUGCGGAAAUUCCUACUAGUGUUCUUCGAUGACAUUCUCAUCUACAGCUCUAGUUGGGAAGAUCACCUCAAGCACCUCCGCGAAGUAUUUCAGAUUCUCCAACAAGCACAGCUCUAUCUGAAACCUUCGAAAUGUACGUUUGGUGCCACAGUGAUCGAGUAUCUAGGCCACUUUAUCUCUGCUGAGGGUGUGAGCACUGAUCCUCGCAAGAUAAAGUCUAUCGUGGAGCACAGAUUCACAAGCUGAUCAUAUCAAAGCCGGUUUAGUUUUACCAUUUUGCUUUCGGUUUAAUAACUUGGGUUUUGUCCCAUUUGUCUUACUUUUGCUUUCUGCUUUUGAUAGCUAUUGAGUCAUAUGUGACCGUUGCUGAUUUCCCUUUAUGUACUGCGUGACUGCCUUAGGCAGAGUAUCAAUCAGAAUAACAAUUUCAUCU